AUGGCCCACCUCAGUUUCCCCUUCCAAAGCUUGCCCAGUGAGGCAGUUCGCCGUCGCCUGUCGAGCACCGUUGGUCCUCGACCCAACAUCCCCCCCACCUAUGCGAGCCUCACUCCUAUGUGGGCCGGCAUUGCUGGUGCUGUCGUCAACAACAACACAGAGUUCGAGAUCUCCAUUUCGAUCCACGACUCUGUUUACAGCACCGACUUUGCCUCUUUGGCAAUCCCCUUCUCACCCAACAACCCUGACAAGACCGCGAAAGAGAUCGAGCAAUAUGUCUUGCAGGCUCUUCGCAAGUUCUCGGUUGAGCAUCUUUGCAAGUUCCUUGGCGCUGGUAUUACCGUCUCUCUCUUGAAGGAGUCACCCAAUCUCUGCACUAGGCUGUGGUUGGACAUGGACAUCGUCCCCAUCGUCUUCAACAUCAAACCCUUCCACACUGAUUCCCUUACUCGUCCCAACAUCAAGCACAGGAUCUCUUCCACCACUGGCUCCUAUGUUCCCUCUGGCACCGAGACCCCUACCGUCUACGUCGAGUCAGAGCACAUGAAGGCCAUGACUGGCCUCAAGGCUGAUGUCUCUGGCAAGUUACCCAUUCCGCGAACCCUUGAUGAGCAAGCCGAUUCUGCUGCUCGCAAGUGUAUCAUGUACUUCGGUCCUGGUAACAACCCUCGCUUGACUAUCGGCCCACGCAAUCAAGUUACUGUCGACGCCGCUGGUAAAAUCCAUCUUAUCGAUGAUCUUGACGAGUUCAAGGCCACUGUUGGCAAAGGCACCUGGAACUCGGUUGUCAAACUCGCUGACGAGCUUCGAGAGAAGAAGGUUAAGAUCGGCUUUUUCUCAUCUACUCCCCAAGGAGGUGGUGUCGCGCUCAUGCGUCACGCGCUCAUUCGCUUUUUGACCGCUUUGGAUGUUGAUGCGGCAUGGUAUGUCCCUAACCCAUCGCCAAGCGUGUUCCGUACCACCAAGAACAACCACAACAUCCUCCAGGGCGUUGCUGCCCCGGAUCUUCGCUUGACCCAAGAGCAGAAGGAAGGCUUCGACGCCUGGAUCACCAAGAAUGGUUUGCGGUGGACAGCGGAAGGUGGUCCACUGGCACCAGGCGGCGUUGACGUCGCUUUCAUCGAUGAUCCGCAAAUGCCUGGUCUUAUCCCUCUUAUCAAAAAGAUUCGACCUGAACUCCCCAUCGUGUACCGCUCGCACAUUGAGAUCCGAAGUGACCUCGUUCACGUCAAGGGCUCUCCUCAGGCUGAAGUCUGGGAAUAUCUCUGGAACAACAUCCAACAUGCCGACUUGUUCAUUAGUCACCCUGUCAGCAAGUUCGUGCCUAGCGAUGUACCGCUCGAGAAGCUCUGCCUUUUGGGUGCUGCUACCGACUGGCUCGACGGUCUCAACAAGGACUUGGACCCUUGGGAUUCCCAGUACUACAUGGGCGAAUUCCGAAACUUGUGCCUCAAGGAGAAGAUGCACGAACUCAAGUGGCCCGAACGUGACUACAUCAUUCAAAUCGCCCGUUUCGACCCUGCCAAGGGUAUUCCCAGCGUCAUCGACUCGUACUACAAGCUUCGCAAGCUCUUGAACGAGAAAUCGCCUGAACUCAGCCAAGAUGAACAUCCUCAGCUUCUCCUCUGCGGACACGGCGCCGUCGACGAUCCCGAUGCAAGCAUCAUCUAUGACCAGACCAUGCAGCUUAUCGCUUCGGCACCUUAUAACGAAUACGCUAACGAUAUCGUCGUCAUGAGACUCCCUCCCAGUGACCAACUCCUCAACGCCCUGAUGUCCAACUCUCGCAUCGCGCUCCAGCUUUCUAUUCGUGAAGGUUUCGAGAUCAAGGUGUCCGAGGCCCUUCACGCUGGCAAGCCCAUCGUCGCCUCCCGCACCGGUGGUAUUCCUCUCCAAGUUGAGCACGGCAAGUCUGGCUACCUCGUCGAACCUGGCGACAACGAGACCGUUGCCAAGCACCUCUAUGACCUCUACACCGAUGAGGGACUCUACCGCGAGAUGAGCCAGUACGCCAAGAAGCACGUCUCCGACGAGGUUUCAACCGUCGGUAACGCUCUCGCUUGGUUGUACCUCGCUGUUAUGCUUCACCGUGGUGUUAAGCUCAAGCCGAACGGUGCUUGGAUCAACGACAUGGCUCGUCAGGAGACCGGUGAGCCUUAUCUCCAAGACGAGCCUCGUCUUCCUCGUGGUGGUCUCCAGAUGCAAGGAUAGAUGGCAGGCUUUCAUAUCCCAUAUCCUAGACCGCCUCAUAUACCUUGCUGAAACGACCUUGGGCUCUGUAGAAUAUUCUCCUUGUUACCCUGUGCUUCCGAACAUCUCGUGUUGGCUGUAAAAAUGGUUUUUGUAGUAUACUCCAAUGAUAAGAUCGCUGCUGUUUAAAGUAGAAUGAAUUGUAUCUUGUUUGAUUU